AUGCAGCCGCCGCCGUCGCCUUCGCCCUCGCCGCGCCGCCGCGCCACCACCAGGGCCCUACUGCGCCUGCUCUUCCUCGUCGCCCUCUCCCUCGCCGCGCUCCUCGCCUUCGUCACCUCCACCCCGUCCUCCGCUUCCUCCUCGCCCGCGCGCCGCGCCCUGCAGCUCGUGCCGUCGCACCGCCGCCAGCCACUAACCACACUCCGCGCCGUCCGGCCGAGGGACGAGGACGAGGCCACGCCCACCUCUCCCGUGGCCCCACGAGCGGUGGGGCAGGACCACCACAACUCGGACUCGUCGGACCUCGACGCCGUGCUGCUCCCGGACUGGGAGGUCCUCGUUCUGCUCCGCCCCGACGACGACGACGCGCCCUCCGGCAACGCCACGUGCGCGUUCCCUGGCGGGGCCAGGUCCCCGGCGCGACCGCUCGGGAGGAUGCCCGCGUCCGGCCGCCGAGCCUACACCUGCGCCAUGCCCAGGCCGGAGCGCCGCCACAGCAGGCCCUUCCGCGCGCCACGCCUCGUUGUCGCCACGCUGUCGUCCUCGGCGGCGGAUGGCGAGGACGCCGCGCCAGCGGCGGCGGCAGCGCGGUCGUUGACGCCGGAGAUGAUGCGGUGGAGCGGCCGCCUCGUGUACGACUCCGCCGCGAUCGACGGCGGCGGCACCGUCCUCGUGUUCGCCAAGGGAGUCAACCCGCGCCAGGGAGUCAACCGCGACGCCGCGGAUAUCCGGUGCAUCUAUUACCGCCGCAGCACUGACGCUGAAAACGGAGACAGAGACGUCGUCGCCUCCCUCCCGGCCACCACCUCGGCGCAGCAGGUCUUCCAGUGCCCGGCGCCCCCGCCGAGCACCGCCACGGCCGCCGAGGCGCAGCUCCGCGUCACACUCGCCGUCGCUGGCGAGGACCCCAUCCCCUCGGUGGCGACCUACAUCCCUCCUCCAACACGAGACACGACGACGACGACGACGACAACGAAGAAGAAGCUCAUCUGCGCCUGCACCAUGGUCCGUGACGUGGCCAAGUUCCUCCGUGAGUGGGUGGUCUACCACGCGGCGGUGGGCGUCGACCGCUUCUACCUCUACGACAACGGGAGUGGGGAUGACCUGGAGGGCCAGGUGCACCAGCUCAACGCGGAGGGCUUCCACGUAUCCACACACGCGUGGCCCUGGCCCAAGACGCAGGAGGCCGGGUUCUCCUACGCGGCCGCGGCGCACCUAGAUUCGUGCGAGUGGAUGGCGUUCGUCGACGUCGACGAGUUCAUCUUCUCCCCGGACUGGGACGGGUCGGGCAAGCCGACCAAAUCCAUGCUCCGGUCCGUCGUCACCGCUGUCGAGCCCGAUGUCGGCCAGGUCACGCUAGGGUGCAAGGAUUUCGGGCCCUCAGGGAAAACCAAGCACCCAAAAGAGGGAGUCACCCAAGGGUACACUUUGUCGGAGGCGAGCUGA